AUGUUACCAUUACCCCACAAAAUAUCCUCCACGUUCGGGAGUGGGGAGACGGAGAUUCACACCGAUGACAGUCUUCCGAAAGCCAUUUGUCAUGAUUGCUUACAACAAAUAAGUAAUUUACAUUUGUACACAGUAAAGGUAGAAAAAACACAAAAAUUUUUAGAGUUUCACAAAAACAAAACUAAUGAGGAAAGAGCUCAAGUAACAACGGAACCUAAACACUAUCCACUUAUUAGUGAAUUAUCGGCUCGUAAUUUAGACUCGACAAAUACUAAUGUGAGCCCAGUGGAGCAGCAAAAGCCUAAAGCACAGUCCACGGAGUUGCAACAAGGUGAUACAAAACCAUUGAAAACAAAACACGUAAAGAAGAAGACACCAUCAGAAAUGAAAUAUUUGGAAGCUAUGCCUCUAGAAGAAUUUGCUAAAACAGAAAAAGUUGACAAAUCUUUACUAAACAGCACAAUAUCUGCAAAUAAUCCAAUCCAAAUAAACAAAAAUGAAAAACCUAAAAAAGAUGAGGAAGUAAUUAAUGACGUAUUGGAUCCAAUAGUGAUUGUUGAUGGGCGACCUGCGAAGCAAGGCGCUGCUUUGGAUAGGCAAAUAACGCUGUUUUAUAAGAUGGAAUGUUGCAUUUGCCAUGAAACAGGAUUCAAUUUUAGGUCGUUAAUGAAACACUACAAAGACAGACAUGGCGUCCCUGGCUACGUAACAUGCUGUGAAAAAAAAUUCCACUACUUCUACCCUAAAAAAAUUAUAGAGCAUAUGGCUUAUCAUCUUCAGCCCAACAUAUUUAUGUGUCCGAGUUGUCAUCAGAACUUUCAAACAUCCCAAGACUUAACAGAACACCAAAGCAAUGGGGGUCGGACAGAAGGCAAGAUAUUGUGUCCACGGUGUUCAGAGCGCUAUCCCACUUAUCGUGAACUGGGGGCGCACCUUGUCACACAUCGCACCGAUAAACUGCAGUGCGAUUACUGUGGAAAAUUAUUAAAACAUCAUCAUCGGAAGAAGUCAGUCAACCAUAUGGAAGACAUUAUUUUAUGUUCUCAGUGUGUACGCACCCUCAAAAAUAUUGAAAAACAAGAAAGAGAUAUUAAAGACAAAGUUAAAGCGAAAAGUAUUGACGCUAUAACAGUGCAGAAGUAUCAAAAAUUUCGGCAAGCCAUGGGACUGUCAGCUGAUGAGGAAGCAUCGUCAGACUAAAUAAAAAUUGAA